GUUUUAGUCAUCACUCAAACUUACUAAGGCACCAGAGACUUCACACAGGUGAUAAACCUUUCAAAUGCUCUCAGUGUGACAUGACGUUUACUCAUUCAUGUAACUUAAAAGUCCAUAAGAUAAUUCAUACUGGAGAAAAACCUCAUAACUGUAUUGUAAAAACGGCUAUUUCUAUCUCACUAAUAUUACAUUUCCUCUCUGUUUGUCCGCUAUGCAAUGAGACACACAUGCACGCGUUAUCCUGCCUGGACCAAUGAGCGUUCAGAUAACAACGCAAGUGAUCUACCCCUCCCUCACAGAGACAGCAGCGGAGUUUAGCAGGAUGCGGAGACACUAUCAAAGUUUGCUGCAGUAUAAUUAAUAAGACGUGCAUUCGCCUGUUUGAUGAUGUGUUGUGCGUACAUGCCGACAAAACCACACAUAUACACUCAUCUUUAGAAAUCAGUUGAGUGGUAACAAUAAAAGGGUUAUUCCUAGAAAUUGACAGUCUUCGCCUAGUCUCUAAUCGGACAUCCUUUGGUGGGCCAGUGUCUGGAACCUUCAAUUGAUUUAUGUGGUGAAAACUACCAUACAUAAGUUUCUUCAUGGUCCUUCGAGCCGGAUUCUGACUUACAAAAGGUGUAGAAGAUGUCACACAAUGCAGAGGAUGAACCAAAUGUGCGAGUCAGAAGGAAAAUGGUUCUUCCCGCACGAUAUGAGGAUUAUGACCUCACUGGUUUCAAUCUCCCAAAAGCUGUUUCACAACCCAUGUUACCACUCACGUCUUCAACCCAAAGGGCUAAAUGCACAGAGAAAGAACAAGCAGCUCCCCAUAUCCCAAAACUACCAGAGUUUGGCUUUGACAGUCCGCACCCAUUGUCAGAUGAAGAACAGUGGGAAACCCGAUCAGACAAACUGAAGAGGGAGAACGAGGAGAUGCGCAAAUCGUAUGAUAAAAUGCAGCAUACUCUACAGAUGGUACAGCAGGAAAGGGACACCUUUCAGAGCAAAAAUGAUCAAUAUGAACAGGAGCUCACCGAACUCAAACAACAAAUGAAACAAUUACAAAGUCAGAUGAGGCAGCAACAUGGUACUGUUCAGUUUCUUUCACCUAUCAUCCCUUCAAGGCAGCAUAGUCCAAGUCAUCCUAUACCUGCACCACGUGUUCACGUAUAUGCCAAGUCUGAUGAUAUAAGCUUCAGACCUGUACCAGUUCCGAGUCUCAGAUCUCAGAGGGAUAGGCUCACAGUUCCUACACAACAUUCAACGCCAGCGGUGGCCCCACGAACUAAAUUAAGUCCCUCUCCAUACCACAUACCCCAAGGAGCUCAUGCAUCAAUAGAGGAUGACUCUCAAGAUCCAACAUCCAGACACACUUCGAGGUGGGACCCGUAUAGCACCCCCAAGGACUAUGAAAUACCAUGUCAGCCACACAGCCCAUCACCCCCACCUGAGCAAGAGGUGAUGUAUAGAGGUCCAGCCCCCACAAUACCUGAUUUUGUCCGCCCUAACCCAAGAGAGUUUGCACGAUUAAAACUUGCUCUGGACAACAUCCUACCUGCUCAAGCAACUGAAAGAUUCAAAUUCCAGAUUCUAAUGGACCAUUUGAAAUUAGAGGAGGCAUUACUCAUUGCUGACUCAUAUAGCCAUUCACAAUAUCCCUACAGCAAGACAAUGGCUGCCUUAAACCAGCAGUAUGGUCAACCACACCAACUGGCAUUGCAACGCAUUGCAGAAUUUAUGGAUGGUCCAAACAUAGCCAGCGGGGAUAUAAAGGCUUUUAGACUGUUUGCUCUCAAAGUUCGUUCACUGGUGGGUAUGCUGGAGCAGUUAGGAAGUGAUGGCAGCUACGAACUACAGUGUGGCUCACAUGUUUCACGAUUGCUGGGGAAGUUGCCACAUGAUUUGAGAUCAGGCUUCAGGCGGUUUGCACAUCCUCAGAGUGUGCCUAUUCCUACUUUGUUGGACCUUUCAGACUGGCUGGAGUUUGAAAUUGAGGUGCAGGAGGAUAGCACAAGAUUUGCAAUCGACAACCGUAGAGCCCCAGUGUCGCGAAACAGAGAGACGUACCAACUUAUAACUGUACCAACUUCAAGCAGCUCACAGCUGAUCAAAAGCGAAGCUGGGUGAAAGAUAACAACAGAUGUUGGCGCUGUGGUAGAACCCAUAAGUCAGCAGAGUGUAACCUCAAAAUGCGUUGCAAACAGUGCAAUAGCCGACACCUCAUGGUUUUACAUGACAUCAGUCUCAAGGGUACAGAGAAUCCCACUGUAGAGCAAACAGAGGCAACAAACUCCUGUCUGCUGAACACCAUGAACGAAAUUCUGCUCAUUCAUAAACCCCCAGCCAAUCGGAAGGUAUUACUGAAAAUCAGCAAAGUGAUCCUCAGAAAUGGGAAACGUAGGAUGAUUGCAUACGCUAUCCAAGAUGAUGGAUCUGAAAGAACCAUAAUCCUCCACAAUGCUGCUCAACAGCUGGGCCUCAAAGGACAGCCUGAGGAUCUCCCACUGCGAACAGUCAGGCAGGAGUUGCAAGUACUCAGUGGUGCAACAGUCUCAUUCACAGUCUCUCCAAUAGGUCAGCCCAGUAAAAGAUAUCUCAUUAAGGGUGCCUUCACAGCUCAAAAGUUAAGUUUAGCCGAACACACACACCCUGCAAAGACUUUGAGAGAGAAAUAUCAGCAUCUUAAAGGGCUUCCUCUGCAUGACUUUAAUGAAGUCUGUCCAGUCCUACUCAUCGGGUCUGAUUACCCCCAUCUAAUCACCCCAGUGGAACCGGUGAGGCUAGGCCCACCAGGGGGACCGGCUGCUGUAAAAACUCGUCUGGGCUGGACAUUACAGGGUCCGGUUCAACACAUGCGGUUAGAGAUGACUGAUCAACAAUGCCUGUUUGCCUCAGUUUCCUCCCCACAAUCAGAUCUCCAAAAACAAGUGGAGAAAUUAUGGCAAAUGGAUGUCCUACCAUGGCGCAGCGAAAAAGCAUGCAUUCGCUCCAAAAGGGAUCAGGAGGCAGUGGAACUUCUAGAAACUAAAACAAUCAGGGUCAAUGUGGAUGGUGUCAAGCGAUAUGCAACUCCCCUCUUGCGUGCUAAAAACAUGCCCGAAAUGAAAGCACCAAAAGAAGCUGUCUUAUCACAGUUGCGAUCUACUGAGAGAAGACUGACAAAAAAUCCAGAGCAAGCAGCCGCUUAUAUAGCUGAAAUUUCAAAACUAGAUCAUGCUGGCUAUGUGAGCAAAGUGGCACAUAAUGUUGAGUCAGAAGAUUCAGGAUGUGCAUACUCCUGGUACAUCCCACACCAUAUGGUGCAGCACAAUGAGAAAAACAGGAUAGUUUUCAAUUGCUCAUUCCAGCAUCGGGGUAUAUCCCUGAAUGAGUAUUUGCUUCCUGGACCAGUGUUGGGCCCAUCUUUACUUGCCGUUCUACUCAGAUUCAGAGAACAUUCAGUUGCCGUCAGCAGCGACAUAAAAGGAAUGUUUCACCAGAUAAGAUUGCUUCCAGAAGACAGACCACUACUGCGGUUCCUCUGGCGAGAUCUGAAGUUGCAGGGACAACCCAGUGUGUAUGAAUGGCACGUUCUGCCAUUUGGCACCACAUGCAGCCCCUGUUGUGCUAUCUUUGCCCUGCAAAAACACGUGCUGGACAAUAGCCAACCUGGUGAUGACAUCCGCCAUUCUGUCCUGAAAUCCUUCUAUGUAGACAAUUGUCUACAAAGUUUCACCUCAACAGAAGAAGCAAAACAGUUUGUUGACCGAAUCAAGAAUGUACUGGCAGAUGGAGGCUUUGAGCUGAGACAGUGGUCCAGCAAUAAACUCUCAACAAUAAGUCACCUUCCAGCAGAGGCUAUUUCUGGCAGUACAGAGCUCUGGAUUUCUCAAGAACGAACAAACAUGCAAGAAUCCACUCUGGGGCUCCUCUGGAACCAGGAGACUGACUCUAUCUCCUACAAAUACCGGGCCAUAGGAAGCACUGACACAACCAUGAGACAUAUCUACAAGAUUCUGGCUAGUCAGUAUGACCCUUUGGGUUAUCUCAUUCCUUAUACCACACGAGCCAAGAUUAUUGUGCAACGUCUUUGGGACAAAAAACGUGAUUGGGAUGACCCACACUUGCCCAGUGAUUUACUGCAAGCUUGGACCGUAUGGCAAGAAGAGCUACCAUCAUUACAGUAUAUAAACCUCCCUCGAUGUUACUCCAGUCCCUUGAAAGACACAGAGAUGAGUAAAAGAGAAAUACACAUCUUCUGCGAUGCCUCUGAACGUGCAUAUGGAUCAGUUGCAUAUCUCAGGACUGAGGACCAGCAUGGGGAGGUAGAGGUAGCUUUCAUAACAGCAAGAUCACGUGUAGCUCCCAAAAAACAACAAUCUGUUCCUCGCUUGGAACUGUGUGCUGCUCUUACUGGGGCUCAACUCGCUACAGUACUUCAAACAGAGUUAACCCUGAGCAUAGAACACAUCACCUUAUGGACUGACUCCACCACUGUCCUCACAUGGUUGCAGUCUGACUCAUGUCGGUUUAAGGUAUUCGUGGGUACUCGAGUGGCGGAAAUCCAAGACCUCACUGAACCACACAGCUGGCGAUAUGUGCCUUCAUUAAGUAAUCCAGCUGAUGACAUCACAAGGGGUAAGAGUCUUUGGGAGCUUGGUACAAGCAGCCGUUGGAGUGAGGGACCAAACUUCCUAAAAGAUCCAUCUAAUAUGUGGCCCAAAUCUCCAAACCCUGUGGCCAUAGAUGAUACUGAAGUACGUAAAAAGGAUUCCUGUACUUUAGCCUGCUUUACAUUCUCAGAUUUUAGUCAGUUUAAAACCUUUGAGGAGCUAGUAGAGUCUACUGCCCUUCACGGGGCGGCGAACAGUAGCCCAACAGCCAGCGACUACAAAACAGCUGAGAUGACUGUUCUGCAACAAGCCCAGCAGGAAUGUUUCCCAUCUGACUUUGAACUACUAAAGAAUGGCAAACCCCUUGCUCGUAAUAGCCGCCUACGAGAUCUAGACCCAGAAUUCGAUACAGAGAUAGGCUUAAUCAGAGUGGGCGGACGUCUACGGCACAGUCCAUAUCUUGAUCCAGACAGUAAACACCCUAUCGUGCUUGACCCCAAACAUCCAAUCACUAAUCUUAUCAUACAAAGCUAUGACACAAAACUCUGUCACUCAGGUGCUGAGAGGGUAUUUGCUGAAAUUCGCCGGAAAUACUGGAUUAUUCGUGGCAGAGCAGCCAUAAAACAUUGGCAGCGAGUAUGCUUUGAGUGUCAAAAAUGGAGAAAAAAACCAGAAGUACCAAAAAUGGCAGACCUCCCCCCUGCCAGGCUACGCCUAUUUAAACCUGCCUUUUAUUCAACGGGCAUGGACUGUUUUGGUCCUUAUGUAGUGAAAGUAGGUCGUCGCAACGAGAAAAAAUGGGGAAUUAUAUUCAAGUGCCUUACCACCCGUGCAGUGUAUAUUGACCUUCUGCAUAGUCUCGAGGCAGACUCCUUUCUUAUGUCCCUCCGACGGUUCACAGCAAGACGAGGGAAACCCCAUGAGCUGUGGUCAGAUCAAGGCACCAACUUUAAGGGAGGUGAAAAGGAACUAAAGGAAGCAUUCGUAGCUUUAGUCCCAGAACUGCAAAGACAAUUAGCUAGUCAACAGAUUCAAUUUAAUUUCAACCCUCCAAACUCACCGCACUUUGGAGGUUGCUGGGAGCGAGAAAUCCGCUCACUGAAAAAUGCCCUCAGAGUAACUCUAGGAGCUCAAUCAGUAAACUUUGAGGUCCUCCAAACGGUGCUUGUGGAAAUUGAAGGAAUCUUGAACUCAAAACCACUGGGCUAUGCUUCCUCGGAUGUGUCAGACGCAGACCCAAUUACUCCAAAUUGUCUCCUGAUGGGGCGGCCAGACGCUUCACUCCCUCUGACAAUAUACCCACAGUCUGAGUUGGUCAGCCGACGUCGAUGGCGUCAUAGUCAGAUCCUUGCAGACCAAUUUUGGAAAUGUUUCCUUAAAUUCUACCUCCCUGGUCUUCAGAAUCGUCAGAAAUGGCAGAAGGACUCAGUAGACAUCCAACUUGGUACUACUGUACUGAUUAUUGACCCCCAACUACCCAGAGCUCUUUGGCCAGUAGGACAAGUCAAAGAAAUCAUCCCUGGAGCUGAUACUAAAGUGAGGAUAGCCAGAGUUAAGGUGGGGGACAAAACAUACACCAGACCAGUUGCACGGCUUAUACAAUUAACUGCAAUUCCUGACUAAAUAAAAUAACAAUACAUUUCACAGCAGCAUAGAAGCCUUUUGGAAAUGUACAUAUUUCACACGGAAAUAUGGGGGCGGCUGUAAAAACGGCUAUUUCUAUCUCACUAAUAUUACAUUUCCUCUCUGUUUGUCCGCUAUGCAAUGAGACACACAUGCACGCGUUAUCCUGCCUGGACCAAUGAGCGUUCAGAUAACAACGCAAGUGAUCUACCCCUCCCUCACAGAGACAGCAGCGGAGUUUAGCAGGAUGCGGAGACACUAUCAAAGUUUGCUGCAGUAUAAUUAAUAAGACGUGCAUUCGCCUGUUUGAUGAUGUGUUGUGCGUACAUGCCGACGUAAGUGUGUCAUGUUUAAAUACAUGUGUGUUAAGAGUUUUAAUCAUGUGUAAACGCGCCAGUGAUGUUAAUUUGUUCACGUGCAUGAUGUAACGUUAAGUGUAUACGUUUAUGUUUAUUCAUACGGUUAUUCAUAUGUUUAAUAACUAAUGUUAUCGUGAGAAGUAUAUUUAGACAUUUGUUGUAUUUUAUUUAGUUUUAUUAAGUUAAUUGUUUGCAAUGCUCCGGCGCAACUAGUGUAGACAGAGCAGCCUCGCGCCAGCAGCACGAGAACCUUAACAAGGUGUCAGGUUUCAGAUGCGAGUCGGCUCUAUAAUAUGGAACCUAUAUGACGCUGUUAUUCAGUCAAGGUUUAAGUCUUAAAACAGUAUUUUAUAGUUCACUGUGGUAGUAUUCUUACUGUAUUUAUUUUUGCAAUAUAUUAUUAUGUCUGUACUUAUGUGUAUACUUUUAUCUUUGUUUAUAGAAAACCACACAUAUACACUCAUCUUUAGAAAUCAGUUGAGUGGUAACAAUAAAAGGGUUAUUCCUAGAAAUUGACAGUCUUCGCCUAGUCUCUAAUCGGACAUCCUUUGGUGGGCCAGUGUCUGGAACCUUCAAUUGAUUUAUGUGGUGAAAACUACCAUACAUAAGUUUCUUCAUGUAUUGUUAAUCAACAGUCAGUUUUUGUAAAGCUACAGUGACCUUAAUAAGGUUAUGACAACAAAAACUUUUAAAUAUUGUUAAAAAAACAAGUUAAUGGUAAAAUAAGAACAAAUAAUCAAAUUAUGAUCAAUAUCACAAGUAACCAGGCUUGGGAGGGUUACUUUAAAAGUGUAUUCCGUUACAGUUACAAAUUACUUCAUAAAAAAGUAUUUAGUAAGCACAAUAUAAAAGUAAUGUAACUGAUAAGUUUUUGAUUACUUAAAACAACAACUUUUAUUUAUUAAGAAUUUAACAGAAUUUUAUUUAAAGGACUAUACAGGCAUCGGCUACAGUGUGGUAUUACAGAUUGGAAGGAAAUAAUAAAAACACAACAUUAAAAAAAUUCUACACAAUCUAUAUAUUAGUUUAUUUUAAUAUAGGCCUACAUGUUGACUAAAGCCGUGAUCUUUCUUAAUUUGCCUGACUGAACUUGAACUAUUGGCAGUGGGAGUUCCUCUGCGUUACGUAGCAGUGAAAAACGCGUCAAGUGAGAAGAGAUUAUGAAAGGAAAUUUAGGUACUAAAAAAUGUACUCUCCUAAUUUCUACAGAUUUCAGCAUCACUAGAAGACUUACAAUUGCGAUCAUACAAACCACUACAUUUUAAAGCAGUAAUAAACACAUACUAGGGUCAUUCUACAGAAAUUUCCACUUUUGGUAUGUCAAGAUGUUUUUUUUUCUAACAUUUAAACUUGGACCACAUUAUUAGAUUACUCUUUGACUAUAUGAGUACAAAUGACAGCUUAAUGAUUUUUUAUUUUUUGUGUGCAUGUACUUAAAGCCUGCAUACACCAUUUUUUGUCACUGAUGUUACCUUACUUCUUUAGCAAUAUUAAAGGUGUUAAUGGAAUAUUAUUUAUAAUUUUUCAGCUUUAAAGCUUAAUUCUUAAGUGUAGCAGAAUUCAAUGCAUUUAAAAUUAUCAUCAUGUCACAUGUGAAAGAUUUUAUUUAAUGUGAAAGAAAAAAAAAACAGUAACAUCAGUGACACAACAAAUCACCAGUGACAGUAACACCAGUGACAAUUUUCAUGAAAACUGCAUUUAACAAAAUUGCUGCUUCAAAGUAUCAAACCACAUGUUGUCAAUCAUUGUAUACUCACUAAAUUAAGUAGUUUAAUCCAUUUUGUAUUCUAUUUUUUUUUUUGCAAUUCCCAAACAAUAAAGGAGGUCAUACCAGUGACUUAAACUAAAAGCUUCAUAUGAAAUCAUGAGAUGAAUUGUUCAAAUAACAUAGUUUCAUUUUAAAAUAUAAAAAAUUGUAACCAAGUGUUUAAAGUGUAAUAUUUCUGUAAAGGCUAGUGACAGAAAGAUUGGCAUUUUCGUAGAAUGACCCAUUACAGAAAGCAUCUGUCAACAAUUCAGGAGUGAUGAAUUUAUGAAUUUCUUCAAAAUCAAUACUGUUAGAGAAAAAAUAAAAUCAUACAACCGCCUGCUACGCUAUCGCAUUAGAGAGCACAUAGUUAACCCAAAUAUCAACUCCUAUUUAUUACAAUAACUAAACAAGAUUGCUCAAAAAUCAUCGAAUCAUCUGAAACAACAACAUGCUUGAUACUAAUCCUACCAAUCUAUUAAAAGAGAAGAUUGUGUUUAUUUAACAAGAUUUAUGGAUAUGCUGUUUGAUUUAUAAUUAUUAGAUUAUUUUCACAAAUUUCAUUUACUCUGCUGUGCAUGAACAAAGCUGUUCCUCAAUUUGUGUGUUUUCAAUUUGAAAGCUGCUGCUUGCACUGGGACCUAUAGACUUUCUCUUAAAUUUUGAUUAAAAUAUUUACUCGGCUGCAUAUUAUGUUGUGGAUAUAUUUCUUAAAUGUAUAUUGCAGUAUGGUCUUGCUCUCAGAUAUUUCACCUGUUCACCAAAAAUUACCAAUUAUUUCCUUGGGAAUGUCUGACACCGGUAAUAGACUUGCCAGGCAUGAAAGCUUGACAGGCGUAGCAACAGUAACUACCCAGGUAGCAAACAGAUGUUGGGCCAACGUCAAUAUUGGUUGGUUACGUUGGCCCAACCUAUCUGACAGAAAUACAACGUUGGGCCAACGUUGGUAUGGUCAGCUGCAAUUACUCAUCAAAUGUAAAUAUUAGUAAAAUAAAGCAGAUAUGUUUGGAGCAGCUAAUAAAUGCCUUGGCAUUAUUUUGUAUGUAUUUGCUUAAUUAACUUACGUUUUCAAAAUGCUAAAAAGUACUAAAAUAACAUUUACAGUACAUUUAGUUUUGAAACACAAAUGCUGUCCUGCAGUGUGACAUAGUAUAUUAGAUUUUUGUAAUGGCAGUUACAUGGACAGCCAUAGGGGUCUUUUAGUCAACCCCUUUACCAGGAAAUCCCCCAGAUGUUUGGAUGUGCUAAAGAGGUUAAAAGGUGAGUGUUAAUCUCUUAUUAAUUUGAUAAAUUUCCUAAUUUCUUUCAGACCAUGAACGUGUCAAUUUUUGAUAGUCCUGUGGUGAGACUGAUCUAGUUCAACAGAAAAGAAAAAUAUAAAAAAAAUAAUAAUCAUAUUCAGGUUUAAAACAAUGAACUUAUUCAGUUACUGUAAUGUCCAAGCUCAGUCUUGUAUAGCAAUGACUCAAAAUGGCUGCCAAGGUGAAAAAGUCCUGUGGUGUGACAGCCCGUCCUGUAGUAUGACAUAAUCAAGUCAGAUGUCUUGCUAGAUUCUCGUCUGUUAUGUUUGCAAUAUUAAAUAUAAAUGUAUAUGUCUCUAUAUAUUAAACAAAUAUUGUCAAUAUUAUAUAUAAGAUACCUAUAUUAUACAUAUAUUAAACAUAAAUAUAUAUCUGUCUUCAUUUGUUUGUUGUAUGUGUAUGUUAACAGUCACUGAGUAUUGUUUUUUGACAGUGAUUUUGACAGUUUUUAGGCAUGAGUAAAGAAAGUACAAGGAGCCCUUACGCAAAUUAACCAUGGUUUUAUUGUGGUUCAAGUGUAGUAACCAUGGUUUUUUGGUGUAUUGAUUACUAUCACUGUCAUUGGACGCCCAGCAGACCUUCUGCCAACCUAAAAAAUACCUUACCAACCUUCUGCCAACUUAAAAACCACUAAAACAACGUUGGGCCAACCAUGUCAUUGGACAGCCAGCCCAGCUAACAAAAAAAGGUCAUUGUGUAGGGCACCUGUACUCUCACAGGGACGUUCGCAGGCCGGUCAGCGGACUUUCGGGACGUUUAGGGGACGUUUGCCUACUGUGGGAUUUGAUUUUGUUUUACUAAUCGUGCUGUUUAUAAUCUUAAUUCAUGUGUAGUGUUACAAUAAUGAUUCCUGUGCUGAGUACAAAAAAGCUGUCUGUGUGUGUGAAAGUUGAGAGGCUGUGGUUUCGGUUGGGGGAGAAAUCAGCAAACGCUGAUAACAAAGCCCUGAAGGGAAAACACGCAGAACAGAUGGUUUCAAUAAACAAGUUGUUUGCUUUAUAACUAUGUUAUAUUUAGAGAACGUGAAAAUUUGUAUGUUUAACUAAUGAAUGCAUUUAACCAAUUCAUGAACAAUGGAGUAUUGUUGUGUUGUUGAAUAAUUAUGUUUUACAUAUUUACUGCCUACAUUUCAUGCUGAUUGCCAAAAGUGUUAAAGUUACAAAGAUGUCCAAAUAAGGACUGUGGAAAUUGAUUUUGUUCCAUUUUAUAUUUCUUUAAUUAAUCAUUUUAUUCUAUAAACAUUGUGUGUUUCAUAUAUGCACUGAGCUAUUAUGUAAAAAUGAGGUGUUUGUGUUUGAGAGUGGAAAGUUACCAGCUUUUGUGUGUGUGUAAAAAGCUGCAAGGAGGAAUAGCUAGGAAUUUACGUCUGGAAAUGAUCAAGAUAAAAGAGGCCUGAGGGGGAAAGCAAACAGGCAACCAUGUUAUUAACCAAUGCUUUAAUAUUCACAGGAUAAAAUAUGCAAUGUAUUUCUUACUUAAUCAGUAUUAAUCAUUGAAUAAUUGAUGUAAUAAAUAUAAGAUGUUGUCUUUGAUAAAUGUGUAUUAACCAAUUAAAUGAAGGUUGCAUACAGAAUAACCUAAUGGGGGCAUGGCAGCUCAACCUUGAAGAACAGAAUCUUGUGUGUGUGUGUGUGUUUUCUUCCCUAACUGAUGGUUUUUUAAUAAUGAUUAAAGUGUUUGCUUAGAAGUAGUAUUGCAGUAAAAGAUUUAAUGUGUUUAUCUAUCUAAAGAAGUUAAUGUGUGCCUUAUUCAUAUAACCAAUUUUACGAAUAAUGAAAUGAUGCUAUGAUAUUGAAAUAUGUUUUACAUAAUAAUCACUUUCAUCUUACAGCUUAUGUUUUUUAUGAAUAAAUGAACGUUUUAUUAAUGAUUUGUUUUUAAGAAAGCAUUAUAACAUGCUAUGUGAAGUCAACCAUAUGUGAAGUGGAGGAGUACUAGGGAGGAAGUGACGGACUGCAUGGCUCUCAGGGAUGAGCGGAGAACAGUUUGUUUUUUCUUUGUCUGUGUGUGUCUAUCUUCGCCUGCAGGCUGAAACUGGGUGUGGUGAUGGAGUCAGAUUCACGAGGAAAAGCAGCCUUUGUGGGUGGAGAUUCUAAGAAGAAGGACGACGUAACAUACUCUAUAAAUAAAUGUUUUCCCAAAUGCUGUGCGUUCGCCGCUUGAGACGACCCAGCGCGCUGUAAAACUUUUUCAUAUCUGAUCAAUAAAUAUUUGAACUUA